AGUAGUAGAUUAAUAUGAAAUGGUGUCUAAGGAUGGAUUUCAUGAAAUUUUACUAAGUUACUGACCAACUGUUUUUCCAUGUCAGAAAUUCAACCAAACAAAAUUCUGUUGUGUUGGUCUAAAGGUGAAGUUCUUGAGAAUUCUUUGAAAUUUUGAGGACUGUUGCUUGUUCAAUCACAAUAAUGGCACUAGCUGCUACUUCAAAAGUUGUUCUUGGAUCAGUAGCCUUUUUAAUCUUCUGGGUACUAGCAGUUUUCCCAGCUGUGCCUUUCUUACCCAUUGGGAGAACUGCAGGGUCUUUGUUGGGUGCAAUGCUUAUGGUCAUAUUCAAAGUUCUUAGUCCAGAUGAAGCAUAUGGUGCAAUUGAUCUUCCAAUUCUUGGUCUUCUUUUUGGGACAAUGCUUGUUACUAUUUUUCUUGAAAGAGCAAACAUGUUCAAGUACUUGGGGAAAUUGCUCUCUUGGAAAAGUAGAGGACCAAAGGACUUACUCUGCAGAAUCUGUUUGAUUUCUGCUAUAUCAAGUGCUUUCUUCACAAAUGACACCUCUUGCAUUGUGCUAACUGAAUUUGUGCUGAAAAUUGCAAGGCAGCAUGACCUCCCACCCUACCCUUUUCUUCUUGCACUUGCUUCAAGUGCUAAUAUUGGAUCUUCAGCAACCCCUAUAGGGAACCCCCAAAAUCUGGUUAUAGCAAUUCAGGGUAAAAUAUCAUUUGGGAAGUUUCUGAUGGGUAUUUUUCCAGCUAUGAUUGUAGGAGUUGUAGUGAAUAUUCUUUUUCUCAUAGCCAUGUAUUGGAAGGUACUAUGUAGUCCUAAGGAUGAAGAGAAUCCAAUUUCAGAAGUUGUAGUAGAAGAGGAAGCUGUUUCCCAUCAGUUUUCUCCAGCCAGAAUGUCUCAUUUGACACCUUUGAAUCCUCAAGAAUGCAAUGGAAGUGUAGAACUUGGUAAUACUGUUCAAAACUCUUCUCAUGCAUUGGUUUCUUCUCAAGUUCAUGUUAUUAAAGACCAAUCAGCAACAAGUGAAAGUGAAGUUCAGAUGGUUCAUAGUGGCACAAAGGAGGAAACCAAUCCUUCAAAAAAUGUUGCAAUAGUAGUAGAUAAACCUGUUGUGGCACAUGUUGUGCAAUCUUCAGAAGGAAAGGACUAUAUGAAUGUAAAAUGGAAAAGGGUACUGUGGAAAUCUUGUGUUUAUGCAAUCACAUUGGUAAUGCUGAUUGCAAUGCUUAUUGGUUUGAAUAUGGCAUGGACUGCAAUUGCAGCAGCAAUAACUUUGGUGGUUCUUGAUUUCAAAGAUGCAGGGCCAAGCUUAGACAAGGUAUCAUAUUCACUUUUGAUAUUCUUCUGUGGAAUGUUUAUCACAAUAGAAGGGUUUAAGAAAACUGAUAUUCCAAGUGCUAUGUGGGAUGCAAUGGAGCCCUAUUCUCGUAUAGAUCAUGUUAGUGGAACAGCUAUUCUUGCUGUAGUUAUACUUGUCCUGUCAAAUUUGGCUUCCAAUGUUCCAACUGUUCUAUUGCUUGGAGCAAGAGUUGCAGCCUCAGCUGCUGCAAUUUCGAAAGCAGAUGAACAGAAGGCAUGGCUAAUCUUAGCUUGGGUGAGCACCAUAGCAGGGAACUUUUCAUUGUUAGGAUCAGCUGCUAACUUGAUAGUGUGUGAGCAAGCUCGUCGUUCUCCAAACCAUGGAUACACUCUAACCUUUUGGACUCAUCUCAAAUUUGGACUUCCUUCUACUCUUAUAGUCACUGCAAUAGGGUUGACACUCAUAAGAUAGAUGAAAAGAAUUUUCUAAUCUUCAAACAACAUUGUUGUAGAAGAAGUUUACACAAGUAAAGUCAGUUCACUGUAGUAUAUUUUAAGGUUGUCACAAAAAUAUAUAGAUAGAUGAACAAGCAAUUAAUUUUCUCUGUUUCUGUUGUUAAUGUCGUCAAAGUAACUGUAAUGUCUUUGGUGAAAGUUUGUAACCAAUGCUUUGGAAUUUCAUGUUGUAAUAAAUGUUAGUUU